AUGUCAGCAGUUGAGGAGCAGCUCGCCGCCACCCCCGAUGCCUUCGAGAAACUCGGAGACAUCCUCAAGAAUCAAGACCAUCUCUUUGCCUGUAGCGGUUCCGUACCCAUCAGGAAUGAGCCUGAGGCCGUGCCAGAUCAAAGGCCAGGUCCAGAUGAGCAGAGAACUUCACGUCCUGUCACGAUCCGAUGGGAUACUGCCACGGCCAACUCGCCUACGCCAGAGCAGGACGCUUGUGUGAAGCUGACACUGCCAAUCGCACCUGGAGGAAACGGCGGUGUGGACCGCUUGCGGCAGCAUGCCAAACCUGCGACCUUCGGUCGUGGGGGUGAGGACGUUCUUGACGAGAGCUAUCGCAAAGCACUCAAGAUUGACACAGACUCGUUUUGUUCAACAUUCGACCCCUACACGCUUGGCAUUAUUGAUACGAUUGCACAAGUCUUGCUUCCGAGUGCUAUUGACUCAACGACUCAUAGGUCUGUGAGAGCCGAGCUGUACAAACUGAAUGUGUACUCUGGCCCCUCUGGAAUGUUCAAAUCCCACGUCGACACGCCCCGCUCGACAUCGCAAUUCGGCUCUCUUGUAGUCUGUCUUCCUCUUGAACAUGAGGGCGGCCAGCUCAAGGUGCGCCACAAGGGCAAGGAGAUGACAUAUGACUGGAGCACCCGCCAGAGCGACCCAAACCAUGCCCAAAUUCAAUGGGCCGCCUUUUAUAGUGACUGCGAGCAUGAGAUCCUCGAAGUCACCAAAGGUGACCGCAUCACACUGACUUACAACUUGUACGCUGUGCGUGGGGCUGGACGACUGACGGGCAUGAGCAAGACAUUGGAUCCCACUCAUCUACCUCUCUAUGAAGCAGUGAAGACCGCGAUGGAUAGUCCGCGUGCGAGAUUCGAUGGCAAAGGCGGCUCCAUUAUCUUCUGGUGCUCUCACAUUUACGCCUACAACCACCAAUCAGAAUCCCCUCUCCCCGACACCCUCAAGGGUGUCGACGCUGUCAUCUGGGAAAUCUUUCAAUCCCUUGGUCUGCAGCCUCGCAUCGCGCCCUUUGUAUCGCUCGAAUACGAACUCGAGGGCCUUCAGGAGUGGUACGAUGAGAAAAAGAUUCCAAGCGAUGGAGGGGACGCUCUUCGUCGUUGGGCGGCAGAGCGGCCGGCCCCAUUGCUAGAGGGCUCCUUUGGGGUUUACAAACACCCCGGGGGAUAUUUGGAUGAAACGACUCAUUACCAAGAGCUCUAUAUCGGGAAGGACGGCUGGGGUGGUAAGUAUCACAACGAGUCACAGGUCUGGUUGAAUGAACGGCCGUCCAACGAGGAGUUGCAAAUCCUGUUCACCGCGUACGGGAAUGAGGCGGAGGCGGCUUAUCAUUAUUCUCAUUGUGGCAUUUUGGUAGAUGUCCCCGGCACCUCAGAGAUUGAGGCUGCCGAGGCAUUAGCUGAAGAGGUCAAGAACAUGAGAAUUGAAUUACAGGACACUAGCGCAUGA